AUGGGCAUUGUUAUUCUCCCGAAGCUCGCACAAGAUAACGGCGGCGCCGCGAAUCAGGAGGGGAGGGGGGCUACCCUGGGCAGGCGAAGCGAAGUGCGCCAUGCACGAAAUGCGGGGACGACGUGCGCCUUUCCCAAUCCCAGAAAUGUUGUGUUGUGUACACAGGUAUAUAUGUAUGCGUGUUGCGUCUUGUACCGAUGGGUGUGCGAUUCGAUGCGAUGCGAUGCGUUGCGUGGUGUGGUGGUUGGUGGUGGUAUUGGUAAUGAUUGUUUCCAGCGAUUCCUUUGGUCGCCUACCCAACCAAGCAAGUAUUCUGAAACCCCUACGUCCAAUGACCGGUCGCCAUCAGGUACAUUGGCGCCGCGUUCCUGACGUACGAGGCACGAAAAAGCUGGCGAGAGCGUGCGUCGUUUUAUGUAGGUAUCUGCCUCCCACCGGCACCUAUUGUCUCGCUACAGCGCCACGGACCAAACAAUCUUCGACGCUGUCUGCUGCUGACGCCGGCGCUCUUGCUGCAGGCCCGAGCUCUGGUCACCGGGCAUUGGUCUCGGUACCGCGCAGGAAAGCUUUGGCUGCGAGUGGGAUUUUCAAUGUCGUGCUUUUCUGGAACAACCAACCAGCCCGCCAGCCUGCAGAGCUGGGAGAAGGCUGCGCGCCGCACCCAUACAAGCCCGAAUACCGAGAUGCAUCGCAGAGGCGGGAAACCGUCGUAGGCUUCUGCAGUGAUCGACUUUCCCCGCGAAAAUCGAGGGCGCCGUGGGAUUUUACAAUCCAGAUUCGGAAUUUCCCAUUGCCCAGGUACUUAACGACGUAGGUACGCGGCGCCGACCGUCCAUGAGCUCACCGAGUUUGCGGGUUGCAGACGUGGGCGUGGGCGUGGGCAUGGACCGUGUACUCGGUCUGAAACGCGCGUUUUAUGGCGCGGAUUGAGCUCUACCGGACUGCCGACAGCAGCCCUGCCUUACUUUAGACCUGAAUUCGGCUGCUCGGGUGGGCAUGCCAGGAGUGGCGCUGUAAAAGACUGAUCAUAUCAUUCAUUGACUGCACUCUGCAGGCCCUCGUACGGGAGAUGGGCAGCUGCAGGCAAACAAGCAGGUUAGCUGAGUUGCUAUUGUUCCCAACGACGUAUGGUCGCAGUUGAAGUAAUCCGAGUUUGUCAGAUUCGCGUCAGUAUGUAACGGCAAUGCUCGAUCGAGCAGCUACAAGGGGGUG